AUGAAGUUGGACCUACUUUCUUUUGCACUGGUGCAACAAGCUUCAUGCGCCGUACUAAACGGUAGAUAUGGAGCCAUUAGAUCUGAAGACUUGACCAAGGGGCCGGACUCCCAGACAUGUGUCAUUCGAGGUUCAGAUGCAGACAAGGCCCUGUUUGACAAGCGAGGCGUCGAUAGCUCAUGCGAACGAUUCCAAAAAGAUGUUCAAAGGGCUUACAAGCAAUGUGCCGAACGAGCUCGCAGCGGCGCGGCAGCUUGCAAAGAUAGCAAACAGGAUGAUAUUUUCGAGGCGGUUUUCAAGACCACCCAUCAACGAGCCCGCGACGUCGUUUCACAACACCUCACCCAGAUUGCUGAUGAAUGCGAAAAAAUGGGCAAGGGCAUUACGCCUCUCAGUUGCCUAGGCAGUAAGUGCGGGCCUACAGAUGCGGGAGUAACGACGAUAUGGAGCAACGCCAGAGCCGGAACGAAUCCAAUCACACUCUGCGACAUUAAAGAGACGGACGACAGUUGCGGCGGCCAAGAUCUCGGCGAUGUUCUCUUGCAUGAGAUGUCACACUCUUGGGGCGACACCGAUGACAAGUGCUAUGGCAUGGUAGAAAUUGAAAAAAUCACUUCCGCCAGCAGUCUGAACAAUGCAGAUAGCUACACACGAUAUAGCAAGGCUGCUCACCUGAAAUGCAGCCAUGAAGAUAUGUUGGCUCCGGGUACGGGAGGAAGAAACCCUCCUGGAAGUUUUCCCGGGAAGGACGGUCAGGACGGUAUCUCUCCUGGAGGUGGUUUCUAUCCUCCAGGUGGUUUCAAUCCUGGUGAUGGUUUCAAUCCUGGUGAUGAAAUCCCUCCCGGAACUGGAACUGAUCCCGAGAACGGCACUCCUCCCGAAACUGGUACCCCUCCCGGGCCUAGUAUCUCUCCCGAGGAAGAUUGCACUCCCGGGGAAGAUUGCCCUCCCGGGAAGGAUGGCCCAAAUGGGCCUGAGAUUCCUCCCGGAACUGCUGUGAAUCCCCCGCCUGGUACUCCUUCCGGGACUGGGACUCCUACUAGUGUUGGCAAUCCUCCCCAGGGCACUCCCACUCCCUGGACUGAACCUGGUCUCAUUCCCGUGCAGGACGGCGAUGAUGUUGACAACGGCAAUAACGGGCCUGUCAAUCCCGGACAGAACGGUGUUGACCCGAACGGUUUUAACCCGGGCGGUUUUGACCCGAGCAUGCUUGACCUGAGCGGUUUUGACCCGAGCAUUCUUGACCUGAGCGGUUUCUUUUGA